AUGCUUCGGCUUCUCAUUCUUUCAACGUCACUAGUGACAGCCGCAUGGGCGGCUGGAUCUGCCGUCGGGUGUGAGGAUGCGGAUCCGAAGUGUACAGAAUGGGCUUCCACUGGAGAGUGCUCCACAAAUGCAGUCUGGAUGAUGGCCAACUGUAGAAAGUCGUGUCAUUCGUGUCAGGGAGGUGAUCGGGCAUGGAAGCUUAGAACUCAUAUCCAAACGACGUAUCAGAAUGCAACAGAUAACAAAACCAAAGUUGUUCGUAUCGAAAGUGUCCGAAUUAACAAUGUAGAAAUCGACGAGAGACGACAGAACGUGAAGGUGUUCGGUCGUUUCGUUCUGAGCUGGAACGACACUAUGGUCUCCUGGGAUAAGGAACAGUGGGGUCUCAGUUGGUUGAACUUCUACUGGAUUCAAAUUUGGACACCGAAUAUUGUACAAAUCAAUGGAGGAUCGACAUCUAAUCCAGGACAAGUCACUUCUAAAGUUCUUGCUGCCAAUUACACUGGACAGAUCUAUUUGUGGUCCGAUUUCUCAUUCACAACUCCAUUCAGAUUCCAAUACGAGGACUAUCCAAAUGAUGUUCAGAGAGUCUGCUACAAAUUUGACGACAAACGCCUUCUGGCUGUCCACUUCACUGUCGCCGAUGGAGUCAAAAACAAGGAACGAGAAGCCACAACCGAUCCUUAUGUGUCUGGAUGGAAGAUUGAAGAUGUUGAAGUUGUCUCAAUCACACAUUCUCCGGAUAACGGUGGAGUUGGACCAAAUGGAUUGGCAAGUUUUCCGAGUGAGUCCCCAUACACUGUCGAGCAACUUUCUGAUCCACGGCGUAAUCCAUUUGAUGUUCAAGCCGACAAUGGAGAAAUCUGUAUUUCGUUGAGAAGAAACGCCGUCUAUUUCACUUCUGAAAUGUUGCUCCCAGCUCUUAUCACUUCUCUCUUCACUCUCGCUGCAGUCUUCUUCCAACUCUCAAAGACCCAACCAAUUCUUCUUGGAUUCUCUGUUGUUGCCCAGAUCCUCUCUUUGAUUCUGGUCUCUCAACGUCUUCCAUCCUUCACCGCUCAUACACCAACUAUCUUGAAAUAUGCUGGAUUCAAUAUGACCUGGACCGCGAUUCUCUUCGUUGUCUCUCUUGUUUUGGAAAGAAUGGCAACAUCUCAAGUCGAUAUUCCACCUCCACAUUCAGUUUCAACAUUCUCGGGACUUGUUAACAAGAUUCUUCCGAUUCCGAAAAACUCGAAACACGAGGAUUCAAGUCUUCAAUAUGCCGCAUUUGCUCAUGCUCUCAAUCACGUCAUUUUCGCUUUAUCCACUGUUCUCUACUUUGUCGUUAUCUUGUUCUCGUUUGUUUUCUGA